AUGGCUAAUAAUCAGGAGACUAAGAAUCCCCUCUAUUCUAUCGGACAGUUCCAGAGAUAUCUAGGAAAAGAAUCACUAGCUUGGCCACGUCAGCUACAAGAUGCAUUUUUCGAUGCCCUCCUUUUGAUCCAGCCAAUGGGUAGAAAACGGAUUGCUUCGAGCACCAACCCGUCUAUUACGUACGGCCGCAAUAUGCUCAUUGCGAAAUACAUCUUGCUACGUGGAAUAAAGAUUGACAUCCCCUAUAACAAAGAAUGGAUCUUGGAUAGCAAUGCAGGAGAAGAUGGCCGUGAAAGACGAUCGCCUCUAACACAAAAUGGGCGAAAGCGAGUUUCGAGCCAUAUCCAGGUCUUAAAGCCUUACCUUGCCACCUUGGUCACUGGUCAUUUUAUCUUGCCUGUCAAUCAAGCUAUCCCAACCGAUCAGGACACGAACGACUUAAAAUCCAACAAGAUCCUCACCGCUAUUGCCGAUGGCAUCCUCCCUAACGAGCUUCCAAACUACGACUACUUCUCCAUGCUAUUAGGUGCAGACGAAGAUGUGUUCCUCCGACCAAAGCAAUGCUUGAUUUUCGUCUCGCCACCUUGGAUUAACGCUAAAAAGGAGCACGGCAACAACAAUCCUGCAAUAGUACUACACGACUACACGCGGGCACUUUCGCAAAAACCGUCGUCAUCCAUCGAAGAGAUAUCUCGCAAAUGGGCCGUCAGCUUUCCAGAGCUAAGCAAUCGACUCAUGGGUGCCCUGAACGACAUACGGUUAGCUGACGAGCGGACUUCACGCUAUGUUGUGGGCCCUUGUGAUACUUUCCAUUUCGAAAUCGCCCUAGAUAUGCAUUCGGGCUCUAUAUUCCCGAACGGCUCCGAGCUCCGAGGCGUGAUCGACCUCGCCAUCUGUCAGCCCUCCCUUCAUCAUCAUAGCUGGAAAUCUGUGACGUCAAUCGCAAAGCCAAAAGAGCUGCAAAGCUCUGGGCUUGAAAUGGGCUUCUGGAACCAUAAUGAGCUGGUGGAGUCCUUUGCACCUGGAGACGCCGCCGGCUAUGGCAACGAGCCGUAUGGCUUUACCGUUGGCGGUCAACAUCACAUGAUUCGUGUGCCAUUCCCAGCAACCAAUUGGGCAGAGACGUUCGGCAAACUAGCCCCGUGCAGCACUGAAGAACGCGAGAAGGAACAUGGGCUCCCAGUCCACAAGUCACAGGGGGCAAGCCCGGGUACUUAUCCUCCCAUGCCACUGGUUGACAAGGCCCCAAGCGUCAUGGAGCUUCUAUCUAAGGUUGCCAUGUACCAGGAAGUAUGGUCUGCUCGGAACAACGGUGAUGAAAUAGCCGAAGGGACCUGGACACGGCGGGCCGUGAUCUUGUGGAGUUUUGUCCCUACCCACGAGCAUCGGUCUGGGAAAGGCAAGGCCAAAACCGUGGUGCCGGGCACCAAAUGGCAGUUCCUCACCAGAUUAGAUCCAUCGUCACAAUACCAUCAGCGGCAUGCUUAUCUCUCUCGCUCGUCAACCAUGUCGGCAGACAGUUCUGCCUUACCGGAUCAAUACAUGCCUCGGUUUCACGAGAGUCAAUAUACCAUGACCACGACCUGUGCCGCCACACAGAAGCAGGAAGGCCAACCUAUCCUCGAUAAAUUCGCCAACUUGGAUACCCCAGCGCCGCGCGCCUACGCCAAUGACAACAGCCACACAGCGAGCUUUGAUAAUGUCGAUUUUACUACCGUGACCGGUAGCAAUGAGCUCCUAUACGGCCUACCAAGCCUCACGCCCUACAACACGCGCGACCAUGUAGGCAUGCACGGUAUGGCAAGUGGUGGUAGCAGCCUUACCACUACCUUUCCAGAUUGGUACAUUCCAAACAUCAGCCCUGAUAUGCCGUGGACCAAUGUUUCCAGCCCGACCUGGAAUCUAGAUGCCCCGUGGUGUGCUGGAUACGCCAACAACGAGGCGAGCCUGAGCAUGGCUGAUAGCGCAGGCAUGGCUGACCACAGGGCGAGGCUCCCGCCAUUGUACAUACAGGCGCCAAGCCAGGGAUACAAGAGGACAUACGAAGAAGAGGACGGAGAUACUGAGGUACGACACAGUAUGGACCGUAGCAACAAGAACCCACGGCUAGGGCAGCCUCUCCUUUAG